AAUUCUUUAAAAAUAAAACAAAUUACUUACCCUGUAUAUAAAAUAUAGGCGUUAAACUUUUGGUGUCUCUUUUAGAAGAAAUAUUAAUUCUUUCACGCACAUUGUAAAUAAAUAAAUCGUUUAACGUGACUAAUUUUGACAUUAGCCGCCAUAUUUGUUUAUAACUUGAUCGUUGCUAAACAGCCACUGAGCAUCGAUCACGUGACACAAAUGCGCACGCUCCAAUGACACGCCAGAUUUUCCCUAUCUCGUUUAUUAUUGUAAUUUUCAGUGAAGUUUAUCUAUAUUUCAUAAUACGUUUUAUUUUUAUUUAAAUAGUUAUUGCUAUUAUCGUUGAAACAUGGUUUUAAUGCCAAGAGAAUCAGCAAAAUUAAUUGCCACUCUGUCGAAAGAUGUUUUUAUUGAAGACGAAGGUGUGAAAAAUCUCACUUACACGAUUUUAGAAGGUAUCAAAAAUCAAAAAAUUCAUAUAAAUAAUUUUUCACAACAUGAAUUUCAUCCCAAACCAGAUGACCCUAGAGCCAUUGAUUGGAUAUUUUUGUUAGAUGUAUUAAAUUUUUCAUUUUGGACGGAACAAAAUAUUAAUAAAUGGAAGGUCAACGGACAAACUGGAUAUUUUGCAUUGUGUGCUGCGGUUAAGAGAGCUGUAGACGAAGGUAAACCUAUAAUAGAUCCUAAGUACUAUUCGAAAGUAACUCAAAAUGAGCUUGAAGUAAUUUUUCGAGGUGAUGAUAAUAAUACCAAUAUUCCUCUUAUAAAUGAAAGAGUAAGGAAUCUGCAUCAAGCUGGACAAGUAUUAUUAAAAAAAUAUCAAGGUACAGUUUCCAAAUGUUUGCGUUAUAUCGUUAAUAGUAACAAUUGUUAUCAUAAUACAGGUACAUUCGUCGAAUGCGUAAAAUCCUGCUCAGGCUCGGCAGAGAAAUUAUUAAGACUUAUUAUCAAUGAUUUUGAUUCUUUUCGAGAUGAAGCAGAUUACAAAGGAUAUAAGGUUAGUUUUUAUAAAAGAGCCCAAAUUUUAAUCGGAGAUAUUUGGGCUUGCUUUAAAGGACACGAUUAUGGUCGUUUUAAUGAUAUCGAUUACAUUACCAUGUUUGCCGAUUAUCGAAUUCCUCAAGUUCUUAUCCAUUUUGGUGCUAUCAGAUAUAGUAAUCCCUUGUUAAGCAAACUUCAAUCGAAUUUAGAAUUGGAAUCGGGAAGUCCGGAAGAAGUAGAAAUCCGUGGCUGUUCGAUAGAUGUUAUUGAGCGUGUAAAUAAUGAAGUUAGAAAAUUAAUUGGUUCUUAUCCCGAGUUAAAUUUGAAGGAAACUGAUAUUAAUAAUACCUUAAUCGAUCAUUUUUUGUGGGACUAUCGUCGACAACAUGCCGAAGAAUUAGAGAGCAUACCAUUUCAUAAAACUAGGUGUAUAUAUUAUUAAUUUCCUUCUGACGAUACUCAUUUUUUUUUUAUUUUUAUGAAUUAAACUUAUUUUAUAUUUAAUCAAAUUAUCAUAUUCAAAUUUAAAAUAUAUUUUAAUGAAGUGUAGUAUAUUGUAAAAAAAAAAAAAAAAAAAAAAAAAAAAAAAAAAAAAAUAGAAGGGAAAAAGAAAAAAAUUGAAGCGCGUGAAAAUGUACUUACUAAUAUUUGAUACAAAGAAAUACAUUCAGUGAUACAAGAAAUCAUAGUAAAUGAUAAAAAUGAUUUAAUUUUAGAGCAAAAAAAAAUUCUAUAUCUUUCUAACGUGAUAUUUUCAGGAACGUUAACAUUUCAUAUUUAAUAACGAACACCUGCGCAAUUGCUCUUACGCAUAUUUAAUAACUAAUAAUAAAUAUGUUGCAAAUAUUUUUACCGUGUAUAAUAAAAUUGAAAUUUGUAUUUAUCA